UGCCCCGCCGCCCCGUACCUGGGGUGCUGGAUGCGAGCUCCGCCGAGCGUAGCGGCAGCGGCGCGGCAGAUGCAGAUGCGUGCGUGUGUGUAUGCUUAACCCUUUCUUGGCUCCUCGGAUUUGUACCAUGCUGAAGAUCCUCACCAAAAAGCUCAGGAACCAGAGUUUGAACGAAAUUCAACCUUUCCAAUUAAAGAUCUCCUAUCCUCCAAGUGAUGAGGACAGCGAUGACUCUGAGGGAGAGAACCAGGAACUUGCUCAGAUCGACAGAGAGAGAAGACGGAAUUGUUCCCUGACUCCUCUGGCCACCAACCAGCUCCAGAACCAGGAGAACCAAUGCUGCAAGGUUCGAGCCCUCUUCCAUGCCAGCCUUGACCGCCACAGCUCGGAAGAGGAGCUGGAGCGCAUCAACCGGGAGUUUGCCGCGGAGAAGCGCAAGUGGUCCCAGGUCAGCCGGCUCACGUGCUGCAGCGACGGCAACAACACCUCCUCCUCCAGCGACGAAGAAGUGAAGAACUUGUGCGCCAUGUCCUUCCGGCCCGUGGCAGAGCAGGGCGAUGGCCUCCACGCCAGCCCCAGCCCCGUGCUGUUCAGUGCCUCCCCUCCCAAGAGACUCCAGCCUCUGGUGUGCAGCCCGGCCUCCGGACCUUUAAUCCUCACGGGCGUUGGGGCGGGCCUCGAGCAAGUCAUGCCUUGUAAGAGACAUCGGCAAGGAUACGGGGAUAAGGUCAGCAGGCCCAGCCUUGACCUGGAAAAGAUGCAGCAGAAGAUGCUGCUCAAGAAGAAUUGUGGAGCGAAGACUAGAGUAAUUAAAAUUCGUAGCAUCAACGGAGGCCGCCCGCCACCCCACUUUAUGUAUGAUCCCUCCACUUUUGCCUUCCGUUCCCUCAGCACCUUGAAGCCGCUGAGCCCGAUAGCUCCAGUGGAAGAACCGUCAUGUGCCUACUGAAGGAGUUUCUCCAAAAAACCUCAGGAACUAUCAACCAAUGUCCUGCCUGGCAGGGAGAAGGGGA